AUGUGGAACAUGAUCUGUGACGUGAUGCCCACGAUCGUCGAGGACCGGAGCAGCGGCCCGGCUGCAGGUGCUGUGGGCGGAGAAGCUCAGAAUGAGAGCAACUUCGAGCAGUUGAUGGUGAACAUGUUGGACGAGCGAGAUAAACUCAUGGAAACACUCAGAGAGACCCAGGAGCAACUGACGACUCAGCAGCAGAAGAUGAUGGAUGUGCAAAAGGAACGGGAUGCCCUGGCUCGACAAAUGUCUCAGACAGUGCCGAAAGACUACGCCACUCUGAGCAAAGAGCUCAAUGCUGCCAGAGAGCACAUGCUCGAAAGAGAUGAAGAAAUUGCCGAACUGAAAGCUGAACGAAACAAUACUCGACUGCUCUUGGAACACCUCGAGUGUCUAGUUUCGAGACACGAAAGAUCCCUACGAAUGACCGUGGUGAAGAGGCAGGCCCAAUCACCCGCUGGCGUCAGUUCGGAGGUUGAAGUUCUCAAAGCUCUCAAGAGUCUAUUCGAGCACCACAAAGCUUUAGAUGAGAAGGUGCGAGAGCGUCUCCGGGCGGCUCUGGAACGGGUUUCGCAACUCGAAGAGGAACUAUCUCGGACAACGGAUCAGUUGUCCCAAGUAACUAGUCAACAGAACGUUCAACAUCGACAUCAGCAAGCAAACCAACAGCCUCCCAUAAUUCAGAAUUCAAAGCAAAUACUCUCAUCCCUGCAGAGUUCCGCGCAAGCAUCCAACCAUUCGGAAGAGGCGUCCCAGGGCAAAGCGUCGCAAUCCGGCGCAAACCAGACAGUUCAAGAUCUGGAGAGCCAACUAGAACGACAAACGGCUGAGUUAGCUCGGAGUCGCGGUCAGAUUGUCGAAUUGAAGGCUCGUUGCAGAGACAUCGAAGAGGUACUUCGAGAUACCCAGAAAGAACUUCUGCAAAUGAAGGAGGAGAACCAACGGCUGUGUCGCGACCUCGCGGAGAACAAUGCUCAAAAAGAAGAUCAAGAAGAGCGAAUAGCCACUCUAGAGAAACGGUGCCUAAAUGCGCAGCGUGAGUCAGUCUCCCUGCACGACGUGAACGAGAAACUGGAACAUGAAGUGUCAGCGCAUUCGGCGCAGCUACGACUGGCGGAGGAAAGGUGUCGCUCCCUGCAAGAGCGACUGCAAAUGGCGGAAGAGAAAGUUCUGUCGGCCUCGGCUCGGGAAGAGAAACUCAUCGAAGAAGCUGCCAAAGCUACCGCUGCCGCCGAAGCGGCCCAGAGCAGCGGUGAAGCCGGAGCGCAAACCAAGGCACAGAUUGAUAAGAGUGUCCAGGACAGACUCACGCGACUCGAGCUCCAGCUCGAGGAGAAGUCGCAAGAGCUGACCCGUGCUCGUCAAAGAGAGAAGAUGAAUGAGGAGCACUCUCAGAAACUCAGCGGUACGGUCGAUAAACUUCUACAAGAGAGCAAGGAACGACUCGAGAUGCAGCUCAAGGAGAGGAUGGAAGCGCUCGAGGAGAAGAACUGUCUCAUACAAGAAUUGGACAAAACACGGAAAGCUGUCGAGGGUGCCGCCAGCGAACGAUCGAAAGUCGUUCAGGAAGUUGAGCGAAUGCGAGCGGAAAUCGUGCACAUGCAGCAGUUCCACGAGGAGCAGCUUGCGACUGCUCAUGCAAUGGCGACCGAAUAUGCCAACGUAUCGUUAUCCAAUGGUCUCGAGCAUCAUUCAGAAAAAGAAGAUGCGGAUACCAAAUGGAUAAUGGGCGACCCUGCAUCUGACCAAAGCGAAGCUCAAGCAUUGGCCAUGAUGCUCCAACACCAACUGGAUGCCAUCAACAACGAAAUCCUCCUCAUCCAAGAAGAGAAGGAAAACACGGAACAGCGCGCCGAGGAAUUGGAAUCGCGCGUUGCGGAUUCUUGGCAUCGAUCGCAAUUGAUCUCUGCGGCGCAGGCUCAACAACAGGUUUCGUCGCAGCAAACGCACCCCAUGGAAGCCCGGUCGAUACCGUCAUCGACGAAUAUAUCACAACAAGCGAACGCGGUCUCAAGCGUUAUGUUCCAUGGUGUCGGACCAAUGGAGCAUCGGCCUCUCGCGCAGAGCCGAACCAUGGCGCAGAUCAUAGCUGAGCGACAAAUGCACUGCAAUCUGAUGAUGCGUGACGUCAGUGGACUUCAGAGUCCCGCCGGUGGAAUGAGGCUCAAGCUAACGGUCAUUCUCCCUGUGUCAAUCAGCACGGCGACUUCCCAAGAAUCCCUGUCGGGCAAGAAGAAGAACAAAGGCAUCAAGAGCUCAUUCGGACGCUUAUUCACAAAGAAAGACAAGAAGAGCAAUUCGAUGGUGGGGAUCAGCAAUAUGUACUCGGACAGUGAGUACGGUAGCUGCAGUGACAUAGUCGGUUCCCAAUCCGGCUUAGCGUCCCCGACAGCCUCCAUAUCAUCGAGAGACCUGGCGGGAUUCGCUCGAGGCGCUGGGAAAGACUCUCAAGCCACCGUCGACCGACGAACGAAAAACAAACAUGAUUUGCUCAUGGAGUCGUUGAAGGCCGGGACGCCAUUUGCACUCUGGAAUGGGCCGACGAUUGUGGCCUGGCUGGAAUUGUGGGUUGGAAUGCCUCCUUGGUAUGUUGCUGCAUGCAGAGCAAACGUCAAGUCGGGAGCUAUCAUGUCCGCUCUCUCUGACACCGAAAUACAACGAGAGAUCGGAAUAAGCAAUCCCUUACAUCGACUGAAACUUCGGCUGGCCAUUCAGGAAAUGGUGGCAUUGACAGCUCCGGCUGGACAAGGAAGCAGCGGAGGUCCUCAAGGAGUUGGACCUGCGAAGCCACUUUUGCUGCCAAAUGGCGGUUUAGCGUUCGGUGAAAUGAAUCACGAAUGGCUCGGAAACGAGUGGUUGCCUUCACUCGGCCUGGCACAAUACAGGUCUACAUUCAUGGAGUGCUUGGUGGAUGCCCGAAUGCUCGAACAUCUCACGAAAAAAGAUUUGAGAGUCCACCUGAAAAUGGUCGACAACCUCCACCGUAUAUCUCUGACGUGCGGGUUCCAAUGUCUGAAACGAUUGAAUUUUGAUCGUAUCCAACUCGAAGAAAGACGACGCCUCGCCGAACAUGAAUCUUCGCGCGAUGUCCUCGUCUGGUCGAACGAGCGAGUGAUGCGCUGGUUGAAUCAAGUCGGUCUCCGGGAUUAUGCGGCAAACAUACACCUAGAAAGUGGUGUCCACGGUGCAUUGAUUGCUCUCGACGAGGCUUUCGAUGCAAACGCGAUGGCGAUUUUGUUGCAAAUACCUUCACAGAACACGAAAGCCCGUGAAACACUGGAACUUGAGUUCAACCAACUCAUACUCCAUGGCACGGAAAGGGGGGCUGCCGUUGGACCAGGUGGCGAAGGUAACAGGGUGCCAUCACACCACAGCCUUAGCAAUCUUCCAUCGCUGCAGGGUGAUCGUUUAGUUUGA